AUGACACUUCCAAAGCGACCCCGAAGCCCGGGGUUCAUUGCCGAUGCCGAUGGAAAUGUCUACAAACGCAUGAAGCGGGGACACGAGUCCUUCUAUUGGAUGGGAGAUGCUUCGGAGGCCGAGGCCCUCGGAUUGGCGCAAGACUUCUCACAGAAAGCACAAGAUGUCUCGAAAAGUAUCCAAGACCCCAAAAGUACAGUCGCCGCCAAUGCCCCAACAAGUUCUGGUCUCCCGUCAGCGACUCAUCUCGACCACCCAGUCCCUUCCUGUGUAGUGCCGACGGAGCCUGCACCUAAAGAUCACAACUCGGCGGCGCCUAGCAAUGCCAGGCACAGGUCCACCGAUCGCACCAGCCGUACCCACAAGAAAACGUUAAUCCAGCGGCCUCCAGAAAGAUCACCCUCGCCCAGCGGUGAUAUUAGAAUUCCCCUGUGGCGGAAUGAGACUCGCGCCUUUAAGGGUACAUGCGAACUUCCACCAAAAGUCAUGGGAAGAGAAUUGGCCAAAAGUGCGCAAAAUGCUGAGCUGUGGGUCGAUGGCAAGCCACAGUUCAAUGUCUUUGUCGAUGGGUCUUACAAACCCUAUGUCGAUUUGCCCAAGAAGAAGAGGCUACCAGAGCACCGUUCUUGGGGCCGUGGUGGCUAUGGUGUGGCCUUCCGUGAUCCCUACCACGGGACGGCGACUGCCGAAUCGAAAGGAGACCACAACGGUAACCUCCAAGACCGCACAAAGGGUGGGAUUGGAGGCAAGUCGAAGCGACGAGAUUUCAACAUUCGUUCUUGGAGCUCCUAUCGCGUACUAUCGAGUUACCAUACAGAGCUAGCCGCCAUCUUUCAGGGCCUUCAGACCGUCCUAACUUCGGUCAGACAGAACAGGCCUCCCUCCGGUGCUUCCGUUUGCAUCUUCACGGACAGCUCAGACAGUGUCAGACGCCUACGAAACAAGCGCGCACUUCCAGACGAUGAGCCGGUAACCUUGCGCGACGCUCUUACCAUGCCGCUUGUGCGUGCCAUCAUAUGGUUGUCGCACUACCUCUUCGAAGAAGGGUGUGAGAUCAAGCUCCAAUGGUUACCGAGAUGCUGCGUACGGGCGCAUAGGCUGGCGGACAAGGCUGCGGGUUCGUGGGAAAGGAGCGAUGCCGUCUUCUACCAGAGGGAUGUGCCCCUUUGGCGGAGAGACGGCAUUCUCGACGCAGUCCACGAGGACCUCAUCAAGGUGGUCAAUCGAAUCGAGGCUGGAGAACAGGUACGUCUGCCUCCUUGGGCAGAAAGGCAGCGUGGAUCCAAGAAAGAGGAUCAUAAAGAUACGCUGGAAAUCUUUUCAGGUUCGACGGUCCAGAGAGAGAUUGAGACGCAAUCCGAGUUCAUGGAUACCUAG